AACAAUCUUCCUGGAAUGAAGUCUUCAGCUGCUGAGUCCCACUGAACUGAACUGAGACCCCAGAAGUCUUGAAAAGGAACCCUACACUGCGGACUUUACAAACAUGGCAGACACCCUUCGCCAGAUCCUGCUGGAGCUAUCGGACGAUGAACUGGAAGACUUCAAGUUCUACCUAACCAAGCAGGAUAAACCGAUUCCACGUGGGAAGCACGGUACUACUGUAAUACAGCUGGUGCAGAGCAUGGAACGGGUCUAUACGGAACAAGGUUCCAUUGUUGUAGCUCUACAAAUUUUGGAAAAAAUGGAUUUCACACAAAUUGUAGAAAAAUAUAAGCAACAUAACGAAAGUGUUCCAGGGCCCAGUCAGGAUCAGGGGCAGAGCAAUUUGAACUUCUUCAGCAAGCACAAGGCCACACUGGAGAAGCGAAUGCCCAUACUCGGUAAUGUCCUCAACCAGCUGGAGGCAGACAAAGUUCUGGACGCAGAGGAGCGGGAGACGGUGGAGGCCGAACAAAUUUCUGUCAAACGGAACCGUGCUCUGAUCGUCAUGCUCGAUCGGAAGGGAGAAAAGGCUCAAGAGAAGUUUUAUCAGAUUCUGAAGAAAACCGAUCCUCACCUCGUGGAAGAUCUUGAAUCUUGAUCUUGAGUAGCUCAGAAUAGCAGGAAGAUGUAUACAUUUGUUUACAUUUUUUGCCAAAUGUAUUUUCAUGAAUCUUUUUUUAUCCAAAUGAAUUUGAUUAGCUUCAACAGAUUUGUGUGUGAACACCUUGCAGCAUUUUUAACUCUUUGAUUUGGCUGUAUUGGGACAUGUCAUCAAGUAAAUGUUGCCAAUAUAAAUGGCUUAUGUCAUGUUUUGUUUUCUAUAAUCUCUGAAAUAAAUACACUGAAUGAACCUCA